UUUGUACGCUUUCCAUUUCUUGUUUUCGUUGUUAAAAACAUGGAUGUGAGUCAGAAAAUCGAUGCUGUUGUUUGCCUAAAUAUCCAGAGAUGUAACCUGAGCUCCUGGAAACACUGAAGCGGAACUUUAGUUGAUAUAUAUCCGCUGGUUUUCUGUUUUAGAAAUUGGGCUGAUUUUCUUCUUUUUCCAGGCGGAGAUCCUCCAGCUGCUUUUGUCUCCAAGCGGCUGUUUUUGUUUUUACAGCCAUGGACAUGUACGGAUACAGCGGCGUGUUUCUGGUGAAGAGGUUCCUGGAUGAUCCUCCGUUUGAAGUGAUCAACAUGACCGACAUCAACAAGGCGAACCCUCACGGCUGCGAUAACGGAGCUCUGACCGACCGGUUCGGCGUCCUGAUCCAGGGGCUGCUGGCCAUCGUCGCCUUCAGCACGCUGAUGUUGAAGAGAUUCCGGGAACCUGUAGGGAUCAGACGGCCGUGGAGGAUCUGGUUUUUUGACACGUCCAAACAGGCCAUCGGUGCUCUUUUCAUCCACUUUGCCAACGUCUUCCUGUCCACUCUCACCAAAGAGGACCCAUGUUCCCUGUAUCUGAUGAACUUCCUCCUGGACGCCACGCUGGGGAUGCUGGUCAUCUGGCUCGCUGUCAAACUGGUGUCCAAGCUGGUGGAGCACAAGCAGUGGACGCUGCUCAUGUUUGGAGAAUACGGUGACCCUCCUCAGGCAGCAGCUUGGCUCGGUCAGUGUGGAGUCUACCUGCUCAUCAUGGUGCUGGAGAAAGGAGUGAUCAGCCUGGUGCUGCUCGUCCCCGGAUGGUCCAAAUUGCAGGAGGUGUUGCUAAGCUACAUCGCUAACCCUCAGCUGGAGCUGGUGCUGGUCAUGCUCAUCGUGCCCUUCAUCGUCAACUCCAUCAUGUUCUGGGUGGUCGACAGCCUGACGAUGAGGAAGUACAAGACGAUGAAGAGCCUGGACGACUCCUGCGACAGCUCGGUGAAGAAGGCCGACUCUCUGCCAUGGGUCAACAGCGAGGAGUCGCGGGUCCUGUUGUCAGUGGAGACCGACACCGAGGAGGCCUCAGAGGGGGAGGAGGAUCCAGGCGAUGCAGGACCGGUCCCCCAUGUGCAGUACUCAGGUGGACCUCUGAGGCCGAGCUGGGUGAUGGUCUGAGCCCAGGUGACCUCCUUCCUACUCCUCCGUCCACCCUCUCAGCACACAAAGCACUCCCACAAACCUAAAUAAAAACAACCCUGCAUCCUUAUCUCCACAAUUAUAAAGGUCUAAAUACCAGCUUCUCCGCAAGCAAAGGCACAAUUAAAGGUCAUAGAACCUGCGAAUGUGAACACUCCAGCCUCAGCUGCCUUCUUCCGCAUCGAAGGUUCGAAUAUUUACAAGUGGAGCUCUGCUCAGUGUAUGCAUGCACUUCAAAUAGCAUUUUGGGAAUCCGAAGGUCUUUAUCUUGUCACCUUGUUGCCUCCGUUUGAACAUCAGAGUAACCACAACUGAGCAAAACGUGUGAUGAGAGAUCCUUAAGGAGCGCUGAUCUACGGGUGGUGAUGACAGAAAUGUAAUAAAUCCGUCUUGUCUCCACACUGGGGACUUUUGGGAAUGACGUUGCUCUAAAAAGAGUCAUUUAUAGCGUAUCUUAUUCCAAAGAGGAGCGAGACAGUAAAAGUAUACACUAUAUAAAGCAUAUAAAUGCUCUGUCAGAUAUAAUCACUGCGAAUCCACCUUUGUAAUUAAGGUGAAAUUAUAGUCAUUCCUGCACGUUCUCCCUCUGAAUGCUCACUUUAAGGUAGAGGGAUGAUCAGUUUGUUUUUUUGUUUUUUUUAAACCGCACCUAUGUUGAUGUUUUGGAUGUCGUGGCCUCACCAGACGAAUCUAAUGCAACUAAAAAGAUAAAAAUUUAGUUUUGUGCACGAGGUUGCAUUUUAAAAAAACAUUUAUGGACUGUCAUGGCUGAGAAGAAGCGGACCACUCUUUGUUUCUGAAUUGACAGUGUGCAGUAUUAGAGCCUCUGUUAGGGGAUAAAUGCUGGGUUGUAAGAGAAAUGUUGGAAAAUUUUGAGGGAAAAGUGCCAAUUUUACAGGACAAUGAAGUUUUUAUUUUUUAAAAUCAUAGUAUUUUCAGAAAAUAUAAUCCAAGAAACAAAUUAGUUGCACUUAGCUGAUUUUUGGGAGCACACAGCAGUGAAAUAUAUAUCACUCUCAUCAUAUGUACAGCAAAUCUGAAGCUACAGCUAACAGCCAGGAAGCUUAGCGUAGCAUUAAGAUGAGUAAUUAGCAUUUAGAUGAGCAUAGCUUAGCAUUUAAAUUAAUAUUAUUAAUGAAAGUUAUAUUUUCAGAAAAUAAAGACCAUGGGACAAAUACAGCUGUGCUGAACUAACUUUUGGAAACACUUUUGCUUUCUUAGCUUAGGAUUAAGAUGAGUGUAGCUUAGCAUGAAGAUAAUUAUUCAAAACAAUAAAGUUAUCAUUAAUAAAAGUAAAGAUAUUUUCAGAAAAUGAAGUCGAAGCGACAAAUGUGCUUUGUAUUGGAUUUUUGGAAACAUGCUUUUGCUUUUUUAGUAAUAAAGCAAAAAGACUAAUAUGACUUUUGUAAUCAGAUGGUUUGAAGCUACAGCUAACAACCAGUUAGCUUAGUGUAAGACUAAGAUGAGCAGCCCCAAUUUUACAGAACAAUGAAGGUAUUAUUAAUUAAUGAAAGUUAAAUUUUCAGAAAAUAAAGUCCAAGAGUCAAAUGAGGUUGUAUUUAAUAAUUUAAAAAAAAUAUAUAUAUAUAUAUAUUUUUGGGGGUUUUUUUUGUCAAGAAAGCAAAACGAUAAAAACCCAUCUUAUUAUCUGUAUUAUGCUGCAGCUAGCACCCAGUGAGCUUAGUAUUAAAAUGAGCGUGAAAGCUUGCUCGCGUUGCUAAAACUCCAGGUGUAGAAAUUAAAUGUUGUUCUUGGUGCUUUUUUGGUGAUAAUGUUAGUUUUCUGAAUUUUAUGAUAUCUCGAGUUUGAUUACAAGCUGCAUCUAUCAUUUGCUCUCCUUUGGCACUUUAAAAAUAAAGCCAAAAAUGUCCAGAAAUACACCCUUAAAAGAAGACAAUCAAAAUUUCUCAACAGUAUGAUUUCUUGCCAACAUAUCGCUUCUCAAACUAGUUUUUCUCCUAAAAGAUGCUCUAAUUCUGGGACACUACAGCAGCUGUGCGUUACACUUUUGCAAAUAAUGGCACAUUUAUUUAUUCUGUUUAUAUUUUAUAUAUAUAUAUACUUGACUUUAAAUAUUGUGGUCCAGUCUGUGGUAUAUGUGUUGGAAUAGAUGGUUUUGUGAGUACAGUCUGAGAAUCUUGAGUUUUUUGUUUAGUUGCCAAAUUAAAGGUGGGGAAUCAGUCGUCAAGUAAAGUGAAGCAGGUGAUUUAUGUAGUUUACGCCGUCAUCAGAACAUUCCAUUUACCUGCUUUGAGGUCAUGAUUUAAAGGUCAACACAUUGACAAAUUCAGUCUGUGAUGUUUUAUUUUGUAUUUCAGUGUACCUUGUGUAUUUUCUUUUUUAUAAACGGAACGUUUAACAAAAAACGGUGCUUCUAACCGAAUGUAUUUCUUCAAUCUGUGCUACGAAUAAAGAUGAUUGACUCAUGAA